AUGACAUCAGUGUUCAACACUGAUGCUUCACUGCCGUACAACCAUGAUUUAUUUGAAAGCCUUAUUGUAAAGAAAAGAGUAAAGGUGGACGGUGCUAGCUUACCACAAUCAUUCCGAGUCAGCAGAACCGAGACAUCUUCAGGUGUUCGGUUGCGCAAUAGAAACUUGGAUCAGAGAGGGUGUCCGGCUCCGGAAGCUACGUUUGUUAGGUCAUUUAUUACGCAUGCCGAACCAUCGUUUGCCGAAGGGAGUACUAUUUUCCGUGCCCUAUUCAGAGUGGCAGAAGCAAAGAGGUUGCCAACCCUGACCCGGCGGAGAGGCAUGAUAGGAACUAUGAAAAGUUUGCGUGUCGCCGAUGGUGGAAAUCAGGUGAUCCACAUUGCGCGUGGAUGUAGACACUCCAGUAUAUGGCUGCUAAUCUAUGUUAAUGGUGCUCUUGUUACUGGUUUCUAUCGCGAUUGCCUGAAUGCCAUGUAUUGCUCAUGCCAAAUCAUCGUUUGCCUGAGAGACUGCUGUUUUCCGCGUCUAAUGCGAAGUGCCGAAGCAGAGAGGUGGCCAGCCUUUCACCUGGCAGAGAGAUAUGAAACAAAUUACGCAAAGUCUGGGUGCUGUCGGAGCGACUCGCCUUGGAGGGUAGGGACCGCUUGA